CCGCAUCCCAGCGUUGCCUGGUUACCAGCCCCCCCGUGCUAGGAAGGAGGCCCCAGGGGCCCGGGCCCCCCCCCCCCCGCUCCGCGGAGACCUCCGGCAUGCCCUGCCUGCCCCAGCCCUCCCCGGGCUGGCUGGGGUCUGUGGUGUGCAGGUUCUGGGGAAACAGGGAGGUAACCCCUCUGCUUCGGUGAGGAUUUGGCAGUGUUCUGCCUUCUCUUGCUAAAUAUUUUAGUAAUGCCGAAACAACAUGGCAACGGUUGAGUGCUUUAUCCCGGGAAGGCGUACCAGAGGGAAGGAAGAGCGUGUCACUCGGGGUGUGCAAUUCAUGCUUCCUGAAGAAGCAGAUAUUGGAGGCCAUGUGGUGGAACGUGGCUCUCGCAGGAAUAUUUCUGUAGGAGGGAGAGUGACAGGUGGUUUGUGUGGACGUGCAUAAGCUUUGCAGCAGGAAAGAGCAGCCUCUCGGGAAAAGCUGCCCAUGGAUUCGGACCUGAUGCAGUCUCCUGCACCCCUUUCAGUGAGCCCGCGGUGCCCCAAGGCGCUGUUGGGUCACUCUGGGACCCCUAGUCCCACGGGGUGGUUUCGCUCUCAGUCUGAAAUGAAGACGAGCCCAGAGUCCCUGCCCGUGCACAGUAGGAGCAUGGUUCUGAGGCGGAGUGACGGGGAGCAUGCCAAGGAUAGCUGCUGGCGUCAAGCACAGUCGCUGCAGACCCAGGCCACCUGUUAGAGCGUGCUCGCUGGACUGCCGGAGAAUACCCCCGUGCCUCCGACAGCUCGCCUUGGCAUUUUAGCCGCCUCCUUGAAACAUACCCGUUCAGGUCAAAUGUCAUGGAGAGCCACAGUUUUGCCAGCAGUUUAGACUUUGGUGUUGAAGACAACUCCCCAGCACGGCAGCUUUGUGUCUGGUUCUUUCCCUGUGUUUGCCUUCUGGGCUGUCUGCGUGUUUCCAAAGCAUUGAGAGGCCGCCGAGCGCUGCGGCUGUCGCCUUGCCGCGCCGCCCGAGCAUGGGGAAGGCACCGCUCGUGCCAGGCAGCGCGGAGGUGUCCUGCUGAGGGGUUGUGCCACCCGGCUGUCCCUCGCGGCAUGCAGCCACAGUGGUGCUGGCAGGGAUGAUGGCCGCACCUGCUGGGGACUUUGGUUCGCCUCGCACUUGGCGGUGGUCGUGACUGACAGCAACAGCAAAGGAGAGAGGGAGAAAAUGUCCGCCCUUUGAUGCUUGGCUGUAUUGUGGUACCCCAGGACACAGGGGAGCAUGAAACAGCUUCUCUUACACUGCUAGUCCAGUGUUUCCUGGUGAUCUGGAUUCCUCUCACCACCAGGACCUGGCAGGUAACCUCUGCUUUUGACUGACCUGUUCGAUUCCCGUUGUGCUGAUGCCUCGCCAUGAUGGCAAGGGCUGGGCGGAGUGGGGUGUGGCAGGACAGUUCAAGCCAGUGCGCUGGUUAGGUUUACAGCACCUGAUUAUCUGUUAAGCAAACGAGGAGAAAACAGGAGCAGCAGACUCCUGAUGGUUGUUGGUGGUGUUUACUGCUUCCCUGGAGCCAAGGGCUGGGUUCUCUGCCUGCUCUCCUGAUGCCAGGCGGCCAUGAGCUUGGCAAUCAUUGCGCCAGAGGUUUGCCUCAAAGGAAGGGCCGGCCUCACUCUUUUGUGUCUGCCCUUUCUCGUCUGGGGAGACGUGUGUCCUUGGGGUGGGCCAGGGACUGCCCGUGAGCCAGGUGUGGCUGGGCAGCUUUGGCUAAGGGUCCUUGAUGUUUUCGGGCUAGUUGCCUGAAAGAAGCCCUCCAGGAGGCAGGCUUAAUGCCAGGCUACGGGUGAGGGACGCAGCACAGGGUGCUGAGGUCAGGGUCCCUCCGACCUCAUUUAGCCAUGUUCAGUGAUUCCCUGUGAUCGCAUGCUCUCGUGAGCAUCGUCCCGGCUGGGGCUGGUCCAUGGGGGUCAGCGCGGGAGUCUUGUUCUGCAGAAGCAGGGCUGAAGUUUGGGUUCCUGGGGCUCCUGGAGAGGGUUUCCUUUGAAUAGCUUCUGCUUUGGGGAGAUAGCCCGAACCUGCAAGAGACGAUUAGAUCUUAGUAAAGUCAGUUUUCUGUCUUCCAUCCGGUCAGCCUUUGACUCGGCACCACAUUUGGGAAGCACCAUCCAUAUCAGAACGGCGAGGGCUGGAAAUCUCCCCUCUCAUUUAGGAACUAGGCACAACAACAGGCACAUUAAUAGCCCGAUUGAUGCUGACAUGAAAUGGCAGAAGAGCACAUCUAUGCAUAGCUGGAAAUGUCCAUUCACACAUGCACGCUCCUAAACGCUCCAGGCAACUGAGCGCUGCUGUCACGGUCUUGGGGGCUUUGCACAGAAACUAGAGAUUUUAACUAGGUCUGAUCUUUGGGAGAUGCCCUGAGGACUCCUGACGGAAGGAGGAGGCUGCCUGGCAUUAUGCUGUGACGGCUGAGACUUGACAGGGCAGAUCUACGCAAAACAAUGAAAAGGAAAAAGGGACUUCAAGAUUCAAUGCUGUUACAAAUUUACCUGCUUUGCUCUGGCAUGAUUUGCCAUGCUAUGGAGAGCUAAUUGGUGGGUAGGAGAGACUACUGGGUCUGUCUGCCCCGACUUCCCCCUGCUUCUCUGUCUCACACACACACGGCCUCCAUGCGCGCACACACGCUACGCCCAAUGACAUGCGGAAUCGCAAGGAGGGAUUAUCCAGGAGCAAGAGGCUGAGGGAGAGCUGUGACGAAGUGUGGAGCGAAGCAUGUCGGCUCUGAGCUUGGUGGGAAGGCAGCAGGGCACUGAAUCACGGUGGGGCUGUGCUGGGCGGGAUGGGACUGAGCCCCAGUGGGGUUGCCACCCACCCCGAGGUGCUGCUCCAGGGGCUGCCAGCCCCGGCUGGUGGCCACAGGGACAAGGCUGCACCAAGGGGGUGGCCACAGCUGCGUGGGCUGCCCCGGUGCCUAGCAGCGCUUUCCCAGGGCAGGGAGGGCAUCCCUGGGCGGAGGGCCAUGCCAGUGUGCAGGGCCGAGGGCGGCGGUGUGGGCACCACCUGCAAACCCUCACCAUGGAGCAGGUCCAGCCGUGGCUCAGCCCCGUCCUGCCAGAGAGGGGUUCAACAAAAGCUCUGGUAAGCCCCUAACCAGCAAACGCCAUAUACUCCCUCAGUCUGCAUCAUUCCGUCCUUCCUUCCCCCAGGAGCCUCUGCCAAAAGCCUGAUGUCCUCCUUCUGGCACCCGCUCAGCCAUGCAGACAGGGAUGGGGGGGGUAAAUAUUUGGUUUGCCCUCUUAAAACUGCCAGUUGGGUUGAGGCAAAAGGGAAGGAGAGCUCCAGGCACCACUGCCCUGCGUUCUGUGCCGCUCUGCCUCUCUCCGUAUGCAGGCAGAUCUCGCAGUUUCAACAGGAAAAAAAACAUGUUUUGAUUCAAGUGGCACGCGAAGCGCUCUGCGCUGCCCAUUCCCCGCGGUUUGCACGGGUGUGUGGCUGCUCGGUUUGGUGACAGCAAACUUUGUGUCACUAACAGGGAGAAAACAGGGAGGUCUGAGCCCGGCGGGGCAGGGCGGGCGAGGAGCAGGCUGUGCAGACGUGGCCAGGCGCGGGGCUGCUGUCGCUCCUCAGGCAGCUGUUGUUUUUCCUCUGCCUUUGUGCAAAGGCACAGCUGGAUUCCGCGUGAGCGGAGGGCAGGGAGCGGCGCCUUCAUGCCUUGAACGCUGUGGUCUGAAGGCGUAAGCGGGGAAAACGGCAAACCCUUUGCAAUGUUUGCUCUUCUCACUUUAUUUCAGCUUCUUGAAAAAGUGGGUGGGCCAGCUCGAAACAACCCAAAAAACCUGUGGCACUUUGCAAAGCAUAUGCUUCCUUGGAGGAGACCUGGGCUCAUUUGCACUCCGGAAUGCUGUGUGUGUUUUUCAAGCAAGGACACUGCCAAUCCUGAUGGUUAACUUGUGCGGAGAUAAGUUUGAGCGUGUGGAAGUGUGUGAAUUUGGGGGAUUGAGUUAGAAAAACAAAGAACAUAUGUGUGCUGUGUGCUUGGCUUGGCGAAAAAGCGACCUCUGCUGCACUAAGCGUGAGAAGCCAAAAGCUGAGCAGAGGACUGGAAACAACGUCUGUGGCCAAGCGGGGCCCCAGCGCUGGCCCGCUUCCUCUGGUGGCUGUGGAGGGCUGGAGAGGACUGCAGGAGAGCGGGGAGCGAAGCCUUCGGUGGGUGCCAGAGCUGCAAGAUGUUCGCUUCUGUUAGUGCUGGCAAAACACGCCCAGGCAGCCAGCAGCAUGGCUCCGGUGUUUUUGAAGCUGCUCUGGAACCGUGGCCGGGGGGUCGGACCCUCUCACCGUUGCAGGCAGGGCUGCCCGUGCUGUAAAGCACCUUGCCAGGCAUCAGUGGGACAGCUCACGUGUGACGAGGGACUGGGGCCGCAACCGAGGGCUGUGGGGUGUGGGUGAGAAACGCUGCCCUCAGGAGUCGCAGGGCUGCCCGCUGCAGGAGGGGAGUGUGCGUGGGGCGAGCAGGAAAGCGAGAGGGUUCCCAUGAGCCUUGGCUGGGGCGGCAGGGCUCAGGGCAGGGCAGGGACAGUUGUGAAUAAUGUGAAAUCCCCGGAGUAGGUUCUCCAGGUGAUGUCACUGAGCUGCUGCUGCAAUAGUAGUUGAAUAACAGCAAAAGAAACAAUAGAAAUCUAAUGAUUUGUUCACAGAAUAAAGGCAUCAUUAAUACCCUACAAGAGCCAAUUCAUACUGUUCAUCUAGCAGUGGCAAGCACUGUAUUGCCUCUCCUUGUGCACAUACAACACCCUCGUUUUGGGUAAUGACACUGAUUUUGCGCUGGCAGCCUCAGCAGUAAAGAGAUAAAGGAUGUGAGGUAAAGGACGUAGGAAAAUCGGCAACUAGAAGUUACUGUUUUACCAGCUGUUGGGUUCUUUGUACGUGUUUCUGAGACCUCAUAAUUAUCCAGAAUUACGUGCCUCAGCAAACAAGGGGGCUUGUCUGGGCACAGGCAGCCAGUGGCACGCUCCAGCGUGGCGUGGCAGCGCAGCCCCACGCUACACAAUGGUGGCGGCAGCUGUGGGCCAGUGAAAUUAAACCCUCUGGCGUUUGGAUGAAACGCGUUGACUUCAAAAUGACAAGAUGUGGAAGGGAAGGGAAGGACGUGAGUUAUCAUGGGAGGCAACUUGUUCCGAUGAAUAAAUGGGGUUCUGGAAACAUGCUCCCCGUGUUGGCGGGGCCGAGCGCAGUGCAGGAGGCUGCUUCCUCCGCAGACGUGACAGGAGCUGGCUCCCGAAGGCAGCGCUGGAGACCGGCCGCUAAGCAGAAUGCUGCUGGGGCUGGCUUUGGCAGGCUGGUGGGCGCUGCUGAGCCCACUCCAUGCGUGCCGUUCCCGGGCACCUUCGCAUCACAAACUGGGAAGGGGGGCCACGGCAGGAGCUGGGGGACCCUGGUGCCCCGAGGAGCCAGCCUGGGGCAGCUGAGCUGCCUGUCCGCCCCCGUCACUGGCCGCCCAGGUGGGCUGGGGCGGAGGUUGCAUCCGAAUCAGGUCAAGCUCUGGAGGGGCUGAAUAGCAGCACGCCAGGGAUCUGCAUCCAUCAGCUAGCUGAAUUCCUGCUCUGUUGAGGGCCCCUUUCUUAUCGGCACUAAUCCAGCGCAGCAGCUGCAGCAGCUCUGUAGCGCUUGGUGCUAUCAGUGCUGUGCAGCAUGCCUGAUAACCCCCCUUCCUCUCCUGUGCCAGCAGCAAGCCCUCUUUGCAUUCCCGCACCAUGUAUGGCCACCGAGCCCUAUCGCCGGGGUGCUUAGUGACUGCCUGACGGCAGCAAAACACAAACAAGCAGAGCCCUGUGUGCGGGCAAGCCACGGGUGGCUGGCAAGGCAGCACCCAACCUGCCCCUGCACUCCGGAGCUGCUGGCUUGCUCCCUCGAAGGAAGCGCGUCCGCCAAGCCUGCUCUGUCCUGGCAAGAGGCAUCACAGCCAGCGGGAAGGGGUAGCCGGGUGCGCGCGGUGCCCUGUGCCAGCUGGCAGGACGGAGAGCAGCCGCCCCCCCAGCCCCUGCCCAUCGCGACGCUUCGGGGCCAGUUAAUAGCAGCCAUGGAGGCAGUGCUGAUCUUCCUGUGCUCUCUGCUGGUGCCGGCGGCUGUGGCAGACGUGGCCACCCCAGAGAAGGAGGAGGACCCCUUUAACUAUGAUUACCAGAGCCUGAGGAUCGGGGGGCUGGUGUUUGCCGUGGUUCUAUUCACCGUUGGCAUUCUCCUUAUACUCAGCAGGAGGUGCAGGUGCAGUUUCAACCAGAAGCCCAGAGCUCCAGGGGAUGAGGAGGCCCAGGCGGAGAACCUGAUCACCUCGAACGCAACAGGAGCACAGAAAGCAGAGAACUGAACAAGAGCCAUGCGACCCAGAGACCCGAAGACAGAUGCUCGGACCGCAGAUGCCAGUGGCCUGCGAGGAAACUGAAAUCGCAGCAACAGGUCCCUCUAAGGAGAUGCGAAGCUGCUGUGUCUGUGUUACCCUCUGUACUUCAGCACCGGUUCUCUGUUUACUAACCCGACUAAACUCCACUCACCGUCCUCUCUGCCUCCAGUGCUGUGUAAUGUUGAUGUGAGAUGAUCAUUACCUCUAGGGCUAGUCGUUGCUGAUGUUGUAAUAGUGACUUUCUCUUCACCUUUCUCGUUCUGUGCGUGUGAUUCAGGCUGUGUACAACUGGCAAGCGCUCCCUGGAACGGGAGCCGCAGGGCAGGGCGGCAGGGGCCCAGGGGAGCCCUACGUCCCCCCCCACCCAGAGUCAGAGGCACUCAGCACGGCCCGCAUGGUACUGUCUGCAUGCCAGGCAGUGUCACUGGCGGGGGCUUGUGGUCCACCCCGGCUGGCUUCGGGCAGGGCUCGGGGACCAGUCCCCCAGCGCUCUGGGGGCCUGCCCAGCCUAAGCCUGGACCGCGUGUUGCAGUUUCAGCAAUAACCCUCCUGUGCACACCCCCAGCCCGAAGGCAGCCGCAGUAGGGGGCGAGCCAGGCAGGGACAUCCCGUGGCUCCGCUUCCCUCAGUGGAGGCACCUGGGUGCUGGAUUUAAGGCUGAAAGGAGCUCCCCUUUCUUGCCUGCUUGGCACUCCCUGUUUCUGUCCCUGGCUACAACCAAGCCAUCGGUGUGGGUUGCUGCUUUAAAGGUGAGGAGAUGCUGUGGUGGCAGAGAAGCCCAUGAAAUCCCCUGGCAUGGUGACACUGAAAGAGGGUGGCUGCGCAGCGGUGACCAUGCUAGCCAGCGCAAACCAGCUCCUUGCCAACGCUCUGCCUGCCUGUGAGAUGGAGGUAGGCAGAUUAAACAGUCUCUGAGGGCUAAAGAGAAACAUGGACUGAAAUAAAGAUCCUGUCCUUGCUUGUCUCCAGCAGGGAAGGGGCAGCAGCGUUUCCUCCUGGUGCUCCCUGCCCUUCCUGAUGCCUUGUUGCUCCCUGCGCCAUGGCCCCCCUGCAUCAGUGCUGUGUAUCAUCCCGUGGUGGUUACGUGUUGUCAGCCCCGCCGAUGCCAGCUGCCCCUUCUCCCUGUGGAGCAGCAACUAGCAGUGGUGAGCGGUGCUCCGGGGCUUUGCACACCUGAGCUUGCACAGCGGGGCUGAGCCCAGAGGCUGUCGUCACCUUGUGUCCGCUCAGGGGUUGGAGGCAAGCCUGUGAAUCUGGCCCCUUCCCCACGCCCAUGGGCAUGCAAAACUGUGGCCUCAGCUGGGCCUGGGGACUGCCGGCUUGGUCGAGGGCGCUUGCCAAGGCAGGUCAGCCUGGGCAGCAGCGGGGGUCCCCAGGGCUGCACUGAAACACAUUGGAGCGUGUCCACGCAGGGGGAAGAGGUUCUUGUCCUCCAGAAUGGUUUUGAGAGGGGUUUUUGCUAUGUCCAC